UGCUAGGGACUUUUUUAAAGCCGAGUUGGCAGCGCUUUUUCGAUGUUCUUGUCGGCCGGCCGGAAUUUUGUUCGUGUUUUCAGUACCCGUCAUAUAGCAACCUGCAGUGCUAGAAUGGCGAGCGAAGUGGAGAAAUCGCAAACGGCAGCAGCCAGCGAAGAUACAAUUUUUGGCAAGAUUUUGCGCAAGGAGAUUCCCUGCAAGUUUAUCCACGAGGAUGAUAGGUGCGUGGCCUUUCACGAUGUGGCUCCCCAGGCCCCAACCCAUUUCCUGGUGAUUCCCCGCAAGCCGAUUGCCCAACUUUCGCUAGCGGAGGAUGGAGAUUCGGAUCUGCUGGGCCAUCUCAUGCUGGUGGGACGCAAGGUGGCCAAGGAUCUGGGAUUGGAGGAGGGCUACCGCGUGGUCAUCAACAAUGGAAAGCACGGCGCCCAGUCCGUUUACCACUUGCAUUUGCACUUCCUCGGCGGCCGCCAGAUGCAGUGGCCUCCCGGCUAAGAUUGUCAUCAUAAUGUCCAGAAGAUCAUAAUAUCCAGGUGAUUUAAGAUCUAAGAUCAAUAAUCCUCCAGAGGGGUCUAGGAACACCAAGAUAGUUAUUCAAAUAAAAUUUAUUAAAAUCAACACCAAA